AAAAUUUUCAUGGCCCGGUCCAGUGGUCCCACGCCCCUUUUAUUUCCCCCCCACCCACCUCAUCCAUCUAAAUCCACAAAGCCGAAAGAAUGUACAAGCUACGUUCCGAAUUCCAAACAUAGCAAAACCACGAACAUGUUCUUCUGGUGUCUCUUUUCCCUGUAGCAUGAGGUGAUUGAGAUGCAUGCGGACAUGAAAGUCACAAAACCAUUCAUCCUAAGGUGCUUCCUGGUCUCUCUCUUCCUCUCCCUCCCCUUCCUCUUCCUCUACCUAUUCUUCCCGAAACAGCCCCACAAUCCCAUCACCACCAAAGACCUCAGAAUCCGACCGGGUUACUCCUCCUACGAGGCCUACAUACAGCGCCAGCUCAACAAGACCCUCAACCCCAGGCUCCGAAAAAUAUGGACAACCCGCGACUGGGACCGCAAGAUCCCCGUCUUCUCCCGCUUCUUCGAGGACCUUAAGGACAAAAAACUCCUCCACAACAAUUCCAAGGCGUUGUGCAUCGGUGCACGAGUGGGGCAAGAGGUGGAGGCGCUGCGGCGAAUAGGGGUGGCUGACUCCGUCGGAAUGGACCUUGUUCCUUAUCCGCCACUCGUGGUGAAGGGUGAUUUUCAUAAUCAACCGUUCCGUAAGGACACGUUUGAUUUCGAAUUCUCCAACGUGUUCGAUCACGCGCUGUAUCCGCAGCGGUUCGUGGCGGAGGUCGAACGCACGUUGAAACCCGACGGCGUGUGCGUUCUGCACGUGGCUCUGUCGAGGCGCGCCGAUAAGUACUCCGCUAAUGACCUCUUCAGCGUCCAGCCUCUCGUCGAGCUCUUCAGAAACUCCGCUUUGGUUCACGUUCGCAGCGUCGAUGGCUUUGGGUUGGACACCGAGGUUGCGUUUCGCAAGAAGGGAGAACCUCCUCGUCGCAGUUUGUGAUUGAUUUUCUCCCACUUCUCUUUUUCCUUUUCCUUUUCGUUUUUUAUUUUUUCUGUGUAGGUGGCCAUUCUUUCUUUCUUUUUGGGUAUGUUUUAAGUUUUUUAUUUAUUUUAUUUUUUUGUUCUUUAAAGAAGUGGAAUGGCUGAGUAGUGGCGGUGGUGAUAUUCAAUGUGUAAUUUUGCCAUUGAGCUUAUUGCACUGUGCAUUUGCUUUGGUGACGUUGGA